AUGAUUUUUAAUUCUCAACAACUGAGCUUGAAAACAAGACCCAUUUUUAAUGCACCCAAUACAAUCACUGACCUUUUGGGUGAUGUGUGUAAUAUAUCUGAUCAAAUAGACAAGCUGAAUGAUAUUAUUCAGAGAUUGCAAGAUGAGAUCAUAAAGAUUGAUGCUUUUAAAACGGAGCUUCCUCUUACUGUGCUUUUUGUUAAUGAUGCAAUUGUUGCAUUGAAGGAGGAGAUAAUGCAGUGUAAGAAAUCAAAUAAUAAAACAGUAUUGAAAGAAUUUAUACCAUUAAAGAAGGGCUGUUAUGAAGUUGAAACGGACAAAGAUAGUGGAGAUAAGAAGAAUUGGAUGAGUUCUAUGCAGCUCUGGAAUCAUUCUGAAACUCAUAAUUCUAAAUUUAAUUCAAAAGAAAAGAACCUAGUGGAGAUUAAUAAGGAUUCUGUGCAAGAAAGUGUUGCAGCUACAAAAAAUUUAUAUAAACCAUAUAGAAGUGGUAUAGAAAGAAGAGGAUUUGUACCAUUUAAGGGUUACCCGACUUUCCUAAUGUUGGCAAAGAAGAAGGAUCUGGAAGAGUCCCCUAUUCCCAGACUUUCUCUGCUUAUUCCGGGAAUUAAUACCCUGAGUAAAGGAUUGGUAUCUAGUGUUAUGUGUUCAAAAUCCAGUACUAGCAGAGCUGUAUCUUAUUUUAGUCCUAAGGCUCAAUCCAUAUCAACGACUAGUUUAGAGCCAUUGAAGCAACAAACUGGUAGGAAACGAAGACGGUGUUGGUCCCAAGAUUUGCAUAUACGCUUUGUCACGGCCCUGCAACAACUUGGAGGUUCGCAAGUAGCAACUCCAAAACAGAUUAGAGAACUUAUCCAGGUUGAUGAUCUUACUAACGACGAAGUCAAGAGUCAUUUGCAAAAAUACCGACUUCACACUCGUAAAGUACCAUCUGGUACAACCCCCACCCCUGCAAAUGGACCAGCUGCAUCUGCUCUGGGAAGGCUUUGGUCGUGUAAAGACCAGUACAGUGAAUCUGCAAAGCAGAGCAUGUCGCAGUCUGGUUCUCCCCAGGGUCCACUUCAAUUAACUGAAACCACCGGAGGAACUUCGACUGUAAAAACCGAUAGCAUGGAUGAUGAUGAAGAUGAUAAGUCCCAGAGCUAUUGCUGCAAAACAUGGAUUCAAACUUCCAUCAACUCUGAUGUAUAA